AUGAAGUCAGCGCUCUCCUCGCUGCUCUUCCUGCUCGCGUCCCUGCUCGCGUCCCUGCUCGCGUCCAUGCUCCCGCUGGCGGCCGCGGCGAGCGACAAGCCACUCAAGCCGUGCACCGUCGUGUCGCCCACGACGGAGCGCUUCUUCGACCUGAACGGGCUGCGCCGGACGCUGCCUGAGGACGGCAAGAAGAAGAAGGACGCCGACGAGGGCAGCUGGCAUGCCAAGGGCUACGACUACGGCGCCAACUUCACCAUCAACUUCUGCGGGCCCGUCGUCGAGGAGCUGAGCGACGUGCAGGACCUGGACAAGAAGCUGUGGCGCAACGUGAGCGCCUUCUACGAGAGAGGCGACCGCCAGUAUGCCAUUGGCCUCGAGAACUCGGAGCCCAUCUUCCGCGGCAAGAAGCUCAUCCUCAACUACACCGGCGGCUCGCUGUGCCCCUCGUCCUCGUCGAAGCGCUCCCCCGUCCACCUGCCGCGCGAGAUCAUUGGCGGCGGCGGCGGCCACGACCACGACCACGAUGACGACAAGAAGCACAAGGACGGCGACGCCGACGACGAUGACAAGAAGCACAAGGGCGGCAGUGACGACAGCGACAAGAAGAAGAAGCCCUCGUCAGACAAGUCGGAGCGCCGCAAGACGACCGUCAUCUCGCUGCUCUGCGAGUCGGACCCGCUUGGCAAGAGCAGCAUCUCCUUUGUCGCCGCCGUCGACGACUGCACCUACUUCUUCGAGGGCCGCUCGCGCUUCGCCUGCGGGAGCGUGCACGCCGAGACGCAGACGCUGAGCCCCAGUGGUGUCUUUGGCGUCAUUGCGCUCAUCGCCGUGCUGGUCUACUUUGUCGGUGGCUGCGUCUACCAGCGCACCGUCAUGCACCAGCGAGGAUGGAGGCAGCUGCCCAACUACGCCAUGUGGGCCGGCAUCUGGCGUUUCUUCUCCGACAUGUUCAUCAUCCUCACCUCCUCGUGCGCCCGCUGCAUGCCCUCGCGCCGCGGCUACAGCCGCGUCUCGCUGGGCGCCGACAGCAGAGGCCGUGGCCGCCGGGACGAGAGCGAGAACAGGCUGAUAGACAACCUCGACGAAGAGUGGGACGACUAG